GUAAACGUAGUAAAUAACAAAUAACAAAAAAAAAUAUAGUAAAUACUAAUUAAUGUAUAUUUCUUGUUUAAAAAGGUCAAAAAAAAGAAGAAUGGGUAAUUUUGUUGCAAUUUAAUAAUGAUUUACACUCUUUCAAUCUAACAUUCAAGAAAGAUGUUAUCGACCAAAUGGUAAAAAUGCAAAGUAUUCUGCAGUGAAUUUUUAAUUUAUUGGAAUAUAACGAUAUACGCAAUAAUGUUGACAUCCCAGACAAUUGUUACUAAUUCAACAAUGGACUCCAUCCCGUUGAGUUUUAUUAUUUCCGAUAAUGGACAAACAUUGCUGGCUGUAUCAGAUGUCGGAGAUGGUACGAUUGAAUUGAUGAAUUCGCCAGUUACUUUCGUGAAUGAAACCAACGACAAUUCACAUAGUUCAAAAUCUAAUCGGAAUCUUUCACCAAAUACGUCUGUUUUGCAAGUGUGUGUCGAUGAAUCUGGAUUACGCUCUCAAGAAUCAAUAUUGGUGCCUGCUCACAUGAUUUCCUUUAUUUCAAACGAUUCAACAGAGACAACAAAGGAGGAUCAAUCUCAAAUUGCGUAUCAUAUUUCUCAGUAUCGAACCAUUGAAGUAAGAACGGAAAAGUCUUCUGAAGAUGAAUCUCCAACGGUCCAAACUUCUUUACCAAUACCAACGAAAUCUACCUCUUUAGUGUCAAAGUCUUCCAAUCAUCAAAAAUCUUCUUCACCCUCUAGACGAAAACCUGGCCGACCGAGAAAAUACGAAUGUUUUCUUAAAAAUAUCGAUUUAAAGUGUGAAAUUUGUGGUGAAGAAUUUAAAAAGAAACAUUUAUAUCGUAAACACAUGGAGCAUCAUGCAGAGGAGAAACCACAUCGUUGUCCAAAAUGUCCUGCAUCAUUUAAUGUCCCGACGAAUUUUACUCUUCAUAUGGCAACUCACAACAUUGGCGAGCCCAAAUGUCCCGAGUGUGGAAAGAAAUUCGCCCGAAAAGCGAGUUUAAAGUCUCAUAUGAUGCUGCAUGAGAAGGAGGAAAAUCUCUUUUGCACUGAGUGUGAGGAUGCCUUUUCUACCAAGGCUCAACUGGACGCUCAUCUGAAACUUCACAACGAAAAAUGGACGACCGAAGAUGUCAGAAAGUGCAAACUCUGUCACAAGCAAUUCACACAACCGGCUUUAUACAGACAACAUAUCAGAGAACAUUACAGGUUACAGACAAAACUUGUAAAGCAGACGAAGAGAGGAGCGAGACACAAAACAAUGUACAAAUGCAAAAUUUGCUUCAAAACUUUUCAAAAACCUAGCCAAUUAAUGAGACAUAUUAGGGUUCACACAGGCGAUAAACCAUUUAAGUGUACGACUUGUAGCAGAAAAUUUACUCAAAAGGGUUCACUGCAAAUCCAUAUGAAACAACAUGACGGACUUAAGCCACACGCUUGCCAUUUUUGUAAUGCUAAAUUUAGUCAGAAAGGCAAUCUAAACGCUCACAUCGAACGGGUUCAUAAUCUUCCCGAUAAAGAUUCAAUUUUUCGGUGCACUUAUUGUACAUGUGCUUUUAAAAAACUUGGCAGUUUGAAUGCACACCUGAAAAGAAGACACGCUCUCCCCAUUGAUGAGGAUGAGAAUCCAAAAUGUGAUAGUUCAACGUCAGAUGCUGAUAUGCAGGCAACUGUGGAAAAUGUCAUGUUACAGCUUGCUUCUCUGGAGUCGGAAGUGCAAAAUCAAGCAGAUUCAACUGCGAAAGAUAAUAACGAUAUUUUACAACAGGCGUUGCAGAACAGUGGACUACCAAAAAUGGGUAAAAAGGCGAAAGGAAAAACGAUGAUGGUGACUUUAUUGGAUCGAACCGCCGAUGGAGAUGCGAGAAAAUAUGUGACAAUCAAGCAACGACACGUGGGCGACAUGUUGUGGUUCAUUUGCACUUUCUGCCAAAAGGAAUUUAAAAAACCUUCGGAUCUCAUAAGGCAUUUACGUAUUCAUACACAAGAGAAGCCAUUUAAGUGUUCACAUUGCAGCCGCUCGUUCGCUUUAAAGUCGACAAUGACCGCUCACGAGCGAACACAUUCUGCUCUAAAGAAAUUUCCUUGCGGAGUUUGCGAUAAAGUAUUUCCCACUCGAAGCAGUCUCACAGCACAUACUAGGUUACAUACCAGAUCGUUUGCGUGCAACGUGUGCAGUAAAUGUUUCAGUGGAAGUUCAUUGUUAAAAAAUCACAUGAGAUGUCAUUCAAAACCGAAGACGAAAUUAUCGCCAGAAGCUGAGAGUCUCAUUCCUCAAAUAGUCUUAGAGGAGCCGUUGCUUAUCAGUGAUUCAGGGAAUAAAAUAAGCGUGGCUCAGAUUAAAUCGAAAAAGCAACAAGUUUAUGAAGAUGGCGAUUCAGCAAGGCCUCAUAAAUGUACAAUGUGCACUGCCGCCUUUCGAAAAAUUAGUCAUUUGAAACAACAUCUUCGCAGGCACACUGGAGAGAAACCUUACAAGUGUACCAAAUGUGAUAGGAAAUUUACUUCGAACAGCGUUUUGAAGACGCAUUUGCACACUCACGAGGAUUUGAGACCGCACAGUUGUUCCGUUUGCAAUGCCAAAUUUACAACGCAUUCCAGCAUGAAAAGACACCUCAUUACGCAUAGCAAUAAAAGGCCUUUCAUGUGUCCCUAUUGUCACAAAACUUUUAAAACAUCCGUUAAUUGCAGAAAACACAUGAAAAUACACAAAUCCGAAUUGGCUCAACAGCAAGUUGAACAGCAAAAAAUGCAACCAAAAGUCAUAACAAUUUUGGAUCAAACAAAAAAAAGUGAGAUGAAUAAAGAAAAUAAAUUUUCCGUACCUGAAAGUCUUACUACUUUAGCAGAUUCAAUAACUGUUCCAUUUGAAUCGUCAACUGUUAAUUUAACUGCGAAUUUAUCGAGUCAGUAUGGAAAUAUUAUAGAGGAAAGUAAUCAAAAAUCGACACCGAUUUCUGUCGAACAAACUAUUAAUCAAAAUCUUUUAAAUGAAAAUAGUGAUAAUUUGAGAGUCACUCAAACUUUACAUGCCGAUGAAACGGGUACGAUAACAUUGCCAAAUUAUUCAGGAGAACAGACACUCACAGCCGAAAGUAUACGAGAAAUUGAAGAGACAUUGAAUCAACAACUAUUCGAUAUUGGAAUGAAUCUCGAAAUUGAAAAUUCAAUAUCUAAAGACCUUGCGGAAAAGAAUUCUGUUUCGGGAAAUCAACCUGUUCUCAAUAUUAUUUACGAUACAGAAAAAACAUUGAACUCUGUCCCGAACAAUAUCAAUACUAAUAUAUUUACCCCACAGUUUGAUACAUUUGAUAUGAAUCAAAUUUCUUUACACAGCAAUGAAGUUAUAGAUGUUGCAAUAGAUUCAGAAACGACAAUUGAAAAUAUUUUACCGGAAUCUGUUCGAGAGGAAGUUUUGUCGGUCCCGAUGACAAACGAAUCUAUUGAAAUUAAUCAGUUGAAAUGCUUGAAUAGUAAAAUUAAUUCAAUUCCAUCUCACAUGGGAAUUUUAGCACCAGUGCCAGAUGAUAAAAAAUACUCGAAAGUUAUUGCUAAGGCUGAUACAACUAAUCAGACUGAAAUUCAGUCACCUAUGGAUAAGCAAAAUUCUGGGAAAAAAUCAUUAACGAAUUAUUCACGUUCUAAAUACUAUUUCCCAUGUACAAUAUGUGAUAAACAAUAUAAGAGAGAAUCGGAUUUGAUGCAUCAUGUGGAGGGACACAUGAAUGACGCUGUGAAGAACUCUGUAAUUAAUGGAAGCAAUUCUAUCGAGAUCACGCCAUUAUUGCAGUGUCAUAUGUGCAGUAAAAAUGGUUUCACAGCCAAUGAUUUGAAGGAGCAUUUAAAAACUCAUCAGGGUUCAAAGGAAUUCGAAUGCAUAGAAUGUGCGCAAAAAUUCUGCACAAACGGAGGUUUAAGCAGGCAUUUAAAAAUGCAUGCAGCUAAGCAACAAUACCAGUGUAACGAAUGCCAGAAAGUAUUACCGAAUAAAGUACAAAUGGAUCUUCAUAUGUUGGAUCAUCAACCAUUUUUCCGAUUAGGAAUAGUCGAGGCAGAUAGUUCGGAAAAAGAAACUGUUUCCCUGUUGACCAAUGAAUUUCCACUUGAUAAACCUCCAAUAACUAUAGAUGCAAAAUUGUCCGAGCAGAUUUUACUUGAUUCAUCAGAAAUUAUGGAAAGACUCAAGAAUAUGGAGGAUAAAGAAGAGAAGAAACCAGAAAAAAAUAAAUGUAUAUACUGUCCAAAAACUUUCCGAAAACCCAGUGAUCUCACGAGGCAUCUUCGAACUCACACCGGAGAAAAACCCUACAAAUGUCCAUUUUGCAAUAAAAGUUUCGCAGUUAAAUGCACUCUCGAUUGUCAUAUGAAAAUUCACAAUGGACAGAAAACAUUGAGUUGUCACGUGUGUAACAGUUUCUUCGCUACUAAAGGGAGUUUGAAAGUUCAUAUGAGACUUCACACUGGUUCGAAACCCUUCAAGUGUCCGAUUUGCGACAUGAGAUUCCGAACUUCAGGGCACCGAAAAGUCCACUUAUUGUCCCACGAGAAGGAGCACAAGGAAAAUCAAACACGAAAACGAAAGCAACGAAAAACCGAGGCUAUUGCGAGUGUUGUGGCCGACGUUGAAAAUGCCAUUGAAACAAUAGCGAAUGCAAAAGAUGAUUCCAAUUCUCUGCAAGAGACGGAGGAUCAAUCGUCGAAUAUGGACACAGUGACAAUAGACACAUCCUCCCUGACAAAUCAAAUAAUCUUCAAUCCCGACGGAACUAUUGUAAAUAACAAUUCCGUAUUAUCAGUCAGCGAGAGUAAUCAACUUGUUGCUAAUCUACAUUUUCUCCUCGCCAAUGGUCUUAUUUCCAUUCAACCCGACGGAAUAAUUGCCAUUCAAGAUUCCGUUCUUCCCAGUUUGGCAAAUCUACAAGAAGACAAUCCUCAGGAUGUUACCGAGUCGAACGACUCCGAAAGUAUUAUUAUCACUCAAGAGACGAAUUCUCUAGAUCUCGAUCAAUCGGGUCUGUUGAAUAUGGUCCUGGAAGUUGGAGAAAAUAAUUUCAAUUCUAUUGCGAAUUCUAUUUCCAAUCCAAAUGCUUUGAAUUUUAAUAUUCCGAAUUAUGGUAUCAAUGGCAGUGUCACGAAUUCGGGGAAAAUCGAGAGCAGUGGACGAAGAAGAUCGAGAAAUGGACCAAUGCGAAGGGAGUGUGAAUAUUGUGGGAAGACUUUUAUAAAACGAAAUCAAUUGGAGAGACACAAGCGAAUUCACACGGGCGACAAACCUUUUAAAUGUGAACUUUGUGAUAAAUCAUUUACACAAAAGAACACUCUUCAAAUGCAUCAGAAGCAUCACACCGGUGAUCGACCAUUUCACUGUUCAUAUUGUACAUACACUUUUUCGCAAAAGGGAAAUUUGCAAACGCACAUUAAACGAGCUCAUCAAGUGAAUUUACUCGAGGAGAAGAAACUUUGGAAAGAUCCAACGUCGAAAUUAGUUCAGGAAAGUAUUGUCGACACGAGUCUCGACGACAUUUCUUUCGUUGAUUAUUUAUCUUAAAAACGAUUAUUUAAACUUCUAUAAAUCUUCUUUUCUGAUUUUUCCUACAUGAGUCAAGAAUGAGAAAUUUAAAAUUGAAAUAAAAUUUCAUAUUAAAAUUUGUUUCCCCAAAUCGACUAUCGUUUUUUCAGCUUUGCAAUUUUUCUUUAAAAAAAAGAAAUGUAUAAAUUAAGAUUUAAUUAUUAAUUCUAAUUUAAAAAUGUCUACGUCUGUCGUAUUUGUUACGAUUGAAACUGAAAUACUCUAUCAGCGAUAAAAAAAAAUCGCAGUCAAUGUGUUCUUAAUUCUUAUUAAACUAAUUUAUAAUAAGUUGUUAAAAAUUUAAGAAAUUAAAGACUUCAUUUUCAGAUAAA